AUGUCUGGAAGAGGUAAAGGCGGCAAGGGACUCGGAAAAGGAGGCGCUAAGCGUCACCGUAAGGUUCUCCGCGAUAACAUCCAGGGAAUCACCAAGCCCGCCAUUCGCCGUCUGGCUCGCCGUGGCGGCGUGAAGCGUAUCUCCGGGCUGAUCUACGAGGAGACCCGCGGUGUCCUGAAGGUGUUCCUUGAGAACGUGAUCCGUGACGCCGUCACCUACACCGAGCACGCCAAGAGGAAGACCGUUACGGCCAUGGACGUGGUCUACGCUCUGAAACGCCAGGGACGCACCCUGUACGGUUUCGGCGGUUAA